ACCUGCUACUUACAGUAAGGACCCAAUAUGGCAGAAAUGGUAGGAAUCGCACCAUAACUGAAGCAACAUUACCAUCUAUACGGUAACGGACUCGCGCAUUAGGACGAUUUCCGGGAACCGAUCGCAGACAUGAGGGAAAGACAAAAGAAGAAAAAGGGGAGGACAUGGGCAGAGGCGGCAAAAACGGUGCUUGAGAAGUACCCAAACACACCGAUGAGUCAUAAAGAGAUCCUGCAGGUGAUUCAGCGAGAGCGACUCAAGGAGAUAAGUGGGACUUCCCCCCUCGCCUGCCUCAACGCCAUGCUUCACACAAACUCCCGGGGUGAGGAGGGGAUUUUCUACAAAGUUCCCGGUCGAAUGGGAGUCUAUACACUGAAGAAGGACAUUGCGGAUGUGGUGAAGGAGCUGUCAGAGGAGGCUUCCGAAGACAACAGUGAUAACUUGUCUGACUCACGGAGCAUAGAAAACAACACCAGUGGCAGCAGCAAAGAGGGCAAUAGAGGAAGGUGGAAAAGAAGAGGGCAAACAAAUCUGCAAUCACAGCCAUCUUCCCCACAGUCUCGCUGCUCUUCUCCUUCAAUCUCCAGCAGCAAACUCAUCUCUUCCUCGCAGAAACACAGCAAAAAAGCACUUAAACAGGCUCUAAAGCAGCAGCAGCAGAGGAAUCAGCGCCGUCAGUGUGGGAUCCCUACAACCUCCAGCCCACGACUUCUUCUUAAAACUGUUAAAAAAAUGGCUGAUUCAACAUCCUCCAAAAGCAGCUGGGAGCUUAAACAGUCAGAGCGUUGUCCUGCUAGUCCCCAGAACUCCACCUCUAGCUCCUCCUCCUCUGUCAAAGCAGAAGUGUGCCAUACUGUUGGAUCCAGGAAGAUCUCUCAGCGUUCCAGUCGUCUUAAUGCCCGCCAGUUGAGAAGAACAAAGUGUGAGAUUGAUGUAGAGACGCCUGAUUCCAUCCUUGUCAAUACUAAUCUCCGGGCCUUAAUCAACAAACACACAUUUUCCAUGUUGCCCCCAGAGUGUCAGCAGAGACUCCUGAAGCUACUGCCAGAGAUCGACCAGCAGUCAUGCAUGGAUGGUCUCCUGAGAGUAACUAGUUCUGCUUUGAACAAUGAGUUUUUCACAUCAGCAGCACAGUCUUGGAAGGAGAGACUAGCCGAAGGUGAAUUCACCCCAGAGUUAAGACUAAGGAUUCGGCAAGAGAUUGAGAAAGAGAAGAAAGUGGAGCAUUGGAAAGAGCAAUUCUUUGAAAAUUUCUAUGGAGAGCAGUCUGGGUUAAGCCUUGAGGAAUACAGAGAGAUGACAGAGACUGAAAGCACCUCUAAGCCUGGAAAAACAGAGUCUAGCACAGAAGCACAGAAACCAAACUACACUGUUGAGGUCUCCCACAAGGAGCUGAGAUCCAGAGAAGUGAAAACAACAGUGUCUAAAAGCCAUCCACUACCAGAGUCCUUCCAUGCUGAGCCAGUUACAGACAGUCAUUCAGUUUCUGACAAGGCGUCUUCAAAUGCAGAGACUGUGUCUGUGACACAGGAGGACACGUCACCUCCUGCAGAGAAAGUGGUUGAACUACUACCAUUGAUUGUAGAUGACAAGGGGGAAGAGAGCAAGAUUAGUAGCCCAUCAUCUCCUCAAAAAGUAAAGGAUAGCAUAGAGAGUGAAUCUAUAAAGGUAGAGGGGGUUAUGUCAAGAGUGUCUGAAGUUACCACUGAAUCACUGAAGCGGAAACUCUCCAGUGAGCAAGAAGUAGCAGAGAAGAAACCUCGGGUUGCAGAAGGGACACCCCUAACAACAACAGAUGGGUCACCCUCAACACCAGCUCCAGUAACUGCACCACAGAGAGUGCCACCUCUUAAAAUCCCUGUGUCACGAAUCCUCUCUGCUCCUGGAGCUUCAAACCAAGUGUCUCCAAGGACUCCUCAUCCUUUGACACCACCUAGUAUCCGCCCAGGUUGCACCGGUGCACGCACUUUAGCCGACAUAAAAGCUAAAGCCAAGCUAGCUCGGGAACAGCGUGCCGCAGCAGCCGCAGCGGCAGGUGUAACACGUAGAGGAUCCACUUCAGGACCUAGCUCAUCUGGAUGUACCUCCACACCAUCCCCAGUCCAGUCCUUGUCAGAAGAGUUUUCACCAGCAAGCAGUAGAAGCCAAUCGGUAUCUCCCGUAAAAAUGAGUUCAGUGUCUCCUGUUCCUGAAAGCAAAGGAGUACAAAUAUCUCCUUCCUCAAGUGCAACUGAGCAGAUGGACCCUAGUUUUGUUCCAAGCUCUAACACAAACCAGUUUAUUUCGAAAGCCCUUCUGGCUUCCCAGAUGACUCUGCAUGCAACAAAUCCUCACUUGAAGGAGAAUUGUGUCCUUCUCUCUGUUGGUGGAAUGCAGAUAUCACCUUCAAAUAUACUGGCAUACAGCCAGAAAGCACAAGAGGCACUGUUGCCAGGGACCUCAGCGAUCAAAUCCUGUUCCUCAAUUCCUGCCAAUAAUCCACUGGUUGCUCAACUCCUUCAAGGUAAAGAAGUUCCCCUUGAGAAGAUUCUUCCAAAAACACUUGCCAAGUUAAAUGUGCAGCCAGCGACUGUUGUAGCAAACAGUAAAGGGAACUUAGCCAUUAGGACAUCAGGGAUGGGGAAGGAGAAACCUCUAGGUGCAGAGGACAUUGUCAAAUCUAGACUGCUGCGUUAUUCUGGCAGACCUGGGACCAGUGUGGACAAGUUGGACAAGAACACCCAAGAGCAGAUUCUCCACGUCUUAAGGCACAGAAGUCAGCAGGGCCGAAUCUCUCAGCCAUCCCAAAACGAGCCCUGUCUGCUCGGCUAUCCAGAAAGCUCUAAUGACCGACCAAGUUUUCAAUUAGGCUUCAUUGGACGAAAGAGGUUGUCCAAACCUGCCAUGACAGGACACUAUCUCCUGAAUAUCUCCACAUAUGGCAGAGGGUCUGAGAGCAGCAAACGACCUCAUCUGGCCAACCUAAAGAGAGAAAAUGUGGAAGGAGAAGAAAAGGACAGGAUAGAACUUAAAGAAGAUUGUUAUUCUUCAAAAGGGCAUUACAGGCCAUUUGAAAAGCAAGAAUUUCACAUCACAAGACCAGAUGAUACACCAGGGUACAAACACUGUCCUCAAAUAAAGUUAGAAUCUCAAUCACUGAGUUGUUUGUCCAACAAAGAAGGUGGCACUUCUACAAGAACCAAAGAAAUAUCUCCAAGUUUGAACCUUGACACCAAUAAACAGUGUAUCUCAGGGCCUCAUCAUUCAGUUGACUGUAAGCCACAACUAACGUCCUUCCAGUCACAGAGGUCACAGGAUGGACAAGAAACCAUGGCGGGUACUUUCUAUGGUGGCACUAUCAGUAUGUCCAUGCCACACUCAAUAAAUCAUAGCAUCACAGACUCCGGUGCCUCUCCUGAGGUUACAUGUAGUAAUGAGAACACCAGCGAGGGGAUGAUGUCAUUUUCCGUGACUGUCACUGCCAUACCUGCAGGUCACCUUCUCGAUCAGGGAAAGGGUGAGACCUCACCUGAGCAAGCCUUCAUUGAAGCUUCUGGAAUGGAGGAUGUCCAAUCAAAAUGCUACUGUCGGCUAAAGGCCAUGAUCAUGUGCAAAGGAUGCGGGGCCUUCUGUCAUGAUGACUGCAUUGGGCCCUCCAAACUGUGUGUCUCCUGCUUGGUGGUACGAUGAUGGAUGUGAACAUUUAAGGUUAAAGUUAAACUAUCAAGCAAGUAAGUGCGAAGCUGUUCAAGUGAACAGUGAACUUCUCACUGUGUUGAUAUGGCUUUUAUGCUGUUGAUCUCACAUUCAGUAUGUACAUGUACAUAAUCUGUGCAAUGUUAGGGUAAAACUUCCUCUCAGUUCAUUUACUGAAAACUGAGCACCUUGUUCUAGAUGCAAGACCUCUUGAAUAGUGGCAAUAUAUAAACUCUGGUCAUGUUUUUCUUAUCUUUUCCUUUCUUUUGCAUUUUAGAAAGGAAAGUAAUGGUAUGCUACUAUUUUUGCAUACCUGAAUAUCAUGACCAUCCCUUUCUUUUUCUUGCUUCCUUUUAAAUCAUUUAUUUUUUUUAAUACUGUGCAGCUUGUUGGAUCACUAACAACAACAAUAAUAUGUAGUUCAGCAAAACAAUAUUUUGCUGAAUAGUUUAAGCCUUAGUAACUCAAGAUCCAGACGGCUAAAAUACCAAUUAAUUUAGAGAAUUACUGUGAAAAAAAAUAUUUUAAUGACUUGCCUUAUGUCUAGGCUAAAAGUGGUACUCUUCUGUGUGAGUGGCAUCAGUGGUAGAUAAAGUUAUUUAUGGUGCAGAAGGGACUAAAUACCACAAGCUAGCACUAAUCUACAAUCCCUUUUUUUUUAUAUAUCAUGGGAUAUGAAGAAAUUGAUUAUUUUGGUUACUGAAAGUGGCAAUAAUUUGUACAUUUGUUAUAUUUAUUACAAGAAUGAUCUAAAUUAUCUAAAUUUAAUAGAAUCAAAAUCCCUUAUAUCUUAUCUUAGCUACUUUUUAGUGCUGCACUUUUGUAUCAAAGAAAAAUGGUAACUUGAACAGACUACUCGCUGUGUAGUAUGUUGUGAGUAAGUCGAUUAUGAUGGGAGCUAAAGCACUUCUCUUUGAAAUAAUCGAAUGUUCCCUCUCAGGAGCAAACCCAGGUCUUUGUCAUUUCACUAUUUGUCUAAACACUCACAUGUUGUUUACCAGUGAGGAGUUUGAACUGACAACGAAGUUCCAAGACUGUAGAUAUACUUUAAAACUAUCAAGAAAUCACAGUUGUUUUUUUAAACAAAACUUAAUUUUGAUUGAUAUAAGCCAGUGUGUGAAAUGACUUUUUUUUUUUAAUGUAAAUAGAUAUACGCUUUUUUUUAAAAAAGAUUUUAUCGUCUUUUUAUGACUUUAAUGUAUGACACGUUUCUUAAUGCGACUCGCACUACACCACAAAAAUGAUGUCUUAGCAAGUGACAUUAUCAUGAAUAUAGUCGAACUGAUUUGGCGUUUCCUGUUAUACAAUCACAACACACUAAAUAUACGAAUAUUAACCCCAUUUUAAGCCCAUUUUCAUUAACAUUUCAAGCUUUUUUUCUUCUAUUAGUAGAUACUUUUGCUUCUUUCUAAAUAAAUUGAGCAAAGCUAUCCGAUAGAACAAGAAAACAUGAUUAAAAAUGCAAGAUACAUUUGUUUAUAUUCAAAAUAUUUUCACUUGCAAAUUGUAUUGCAGUGUAUAAUACUGGAUGCUCCCUAUUCAGAUAAACCGGUACCUUCUGAUAUGUUUGUUGUAUAUUAAUAUACAUAACGUGUACAGAAAGGUGUGCAUGUUAUCCACCUGUUAUUAUGUUUGUGAAAUUUCUGCCUUGUGUUUCAGACAUUUUUAAAAGAUUUCUGUUGGUAAUAUACCAAAGUCAAUUUGUGGAAAUGAGAUAAUCAGAUAAUAAGCAAAUUUUGUUUGUAAUGUCUGUGUAGUUUUGAAAAGUAAUAUAUUUUAAUUAAUAUAUUUUAAUAUAAAAAAAGUCUAUUUACAAUCAAUUUUAGAUAAAAAUUUAAAGAAACAGGGUAUUUACUAUGUCUUCUUUAUAUUUGCUGUCCUGUUUUGUAACACCUCUUCCCAGGGUGAACAUAAGACUUUAUACUGAUUUUUGUUUGUACCAGAAUUGCCAUGAAUCUGUUUUAUGUGAGUUAGUCUUACCUGGAAUACAUUUAUGUACUACUCGAGCGAAUUUACCUGAAAUGAAAAUACUUUGUGUGGCAUUAGCUGGCAUCAUUACAAUUUUCCUUAGAAAUCACAAUCAUAUUGGAGGAUGUUUCCCGCUCUUAUUCUUCCUGUAUUUACAUGUAUGUGUGAGCUCCACAGUGUCAUGUUUGCUAGUGGUGUAUCCGUAGAAAUAGCUGUGUGGAGUGUUCUUUGUGUGUGUGAGUUUUUUUCAGGUAAUUUUGAUGGUUGUUGUGUGAGUUGGUAACUGUACCUGAUCUGGUUGUACUGAUAUAUGCAGUAUAGUAAACAGUGUGUGGAUUUACACACACACACACACACACACACACACACACACACACAGAAAAUAGAGACAUAAAGUAACUGUGCUAAUUCUUUUCUGUUUCUCUGAUUUAUCUUUUUUUGGUGUUGGGAAUUUCAAAUGAACACAGUUUUAUCUAAGUUAAAUUGUAGAUGCCUAUAUUGGUAAAUGAUUGUGAUAAUUUUGUACACAUUAAUUGAGCAAUAUGAAAUUCUUUUUUUUCUGGAUCAGUACUUAAAAAAAAUAUUGUAUUUGCUAUACAAAUAAAUAAAAAAUCUCAGAGUAUUUGUAUUUUUUAGACACACCUCUACAUUAAUGUCAAUAAUUGUCAUAAAAUGACGUAUUAGACAUUUUAAAACAUGGCACCUUCUUAGGGAUUUUAUUCUCCAUGCAAUCUGUGACAUUAAAUGCAAUCUUUUAUCAUAAUUACGGCAAUCACAAAACCCAGUGGAGUGUGCCUCCUUUUAAUGUGGGUUUUUUUGUUUUGUUUUGUUUUUUAAUAUACUACAGCUCUAUGUAAAAUAAAGGUGAAUGUAUUAUACAUAACUGUAAUAAUCACUUGUAAGUAAAAGUGUGUUUUAUCUAUAAAUAAUAAGAAUAAAAUACAUUAAGUGA